AUGACGGCACCAGCGGAGCUUUCCCGUGAGGAGAAUGUGUACAUGGCUAAGCUCGCCGAGCAGGCUGAGAGGUACGAGGAGAUGGUUGAGUUCAUGGAGAAGGUGGCCAAGACCGUCGACUCCGAGGAACUCACUGUGGAGGAGCGCAACCUGCUCUCUGUUGCAUACAAGAAUGUGAUUGGAGCCCGCCGUGCCUCAUGGCGCAUCAUCUCCUCCAUUGAGCAGAAGGAGGAGAGCCGUGGCAACGAGGACCGGGUCACGCUCAUCAAGGAGUACCGUGGCAAGAUCGAGACUGAGCUUAGCAAGAUCUGUGAUGGCAUCCUCAAGCUGCUCGAAACCCACCUUGUCCCGUCUUCCACUGCCCCUGAGUCCAAGGUCUUCUAUCUUAAGAUGAAGGGUGACUACUACAGAUAUCUUGCCGAAUUCAAGAGUGGGCCUGAGAGGAAGGAUGCUGCUGAGAAUACCAUGGUGGCAUACAAGGCUGCUCAGGAUAUUGCUUUGGCUGAGCUGGCUCCAACUCAUCCGAUUAGGCUUGGGCUGGCACUGAACUUCUCGGUGUUCUAUUAUGAGAUCCUCAACUCGCCUGAUCGUGCUUGCAAUCUCGCAAAGCAGGCAUUCGAUGAGGCCAUUUCGGAGCUGGACACCCUGAGCGAAGAAUCCUACAAGGACAGCACCUUGAUCAUGCAACUCCUUCGUGAUAACUUGACCCUCUGGACUUCUGACAUCACGGAGGACACCGCGGAGGAGGAGAUCAGGGAGGCUCCAAAGAACGACUCGAGCGAGGGGCAGUAA